AAGAGGAUAAACAAAAAAGGAAGGAAGCCUUCGGCCAUACAAUCGCGGCAAAAUUGGUUCAAAAAUUUAGCUACUGGGCUACAGUUAGGCACUACAUGCGCCCUUUGUUGUCUAGACAGGCAGCAAUUGGCGCUAGCUAUCAUGGACGAUGCAAUAAUAUUCCGUAUGAGUGCGUUUUCCGAGCAAGGAGGGAGGAAAUACAUGGAGGAUGUUGUCGAGAUAAGAAUCGAGUAUGAGCCGACGUCGUCGCCGAGUGAAGACUACACAAAGUCGCACGGACAUGGAGGACAGGACACCGGGCCGAGCGACUCCUCCAAUCAGACUGAAAGCGAGCUACGUGGGGAUACUGUGCCCGCCGAGCCUGGCCCGGUUUCUGCUAUGUGGGUCGAGAGCCUAGCGAGCAAAGACGCCGGUGACCACAGCGCGCCGCUGACGGACGAUAAAGUGGAGGAGGAACGCCUUGUCGACACUCGGAAGUCCGUGGCGUUUUUUGCCGUGUUUGACGGUCACGGCGGCCGGGAAGCAGCUCACUUCGCCAGGGAACAUUUGUGGGAUUUGUUGAAGAGACAGAGGGGCUUUUGGUCCAAGGAUCACUCGGAAGUCUGUGCUGCUCUUCGAAAAGGAUUCAUCGCCUGUCACCAUGCAAUGUGGAAACAACUACCGGAUUGGCCUAAAACAAUAACAGGCCUUCCUAGUACGUCAGGCACCACAGCAAGUGUGAUUGUGAUCCGUGGAGUACACAUGUAUGUCGCUCAUGUGGGAGACUCGGCAGUAGUCGUUGGAGUGAAAGAAAAUGACUCUGAUAUCACACUCCAGGCGCUUGAAGUCACACAAGACCAUAAACCAGAACUUCCUAAAGAGAAGGAAAGGAUCGAGCGACUGGGCGGCAGUGUAAUGAAGAAAUCUGGGGUAAACCGUGUUGUGUGGAAAAGACCUCGACUGACCCACAAUGGACCCGUGAGGAGGAGUACCGUCAUUGAUCAGAUCCCCUUCCUGGCAGUGGCACGGUCUCUUGGCGAUUUGUGGAGCUACGAUUUCUACAGUGGGGAGUUUGUGGUAUCGCCAGAGCCCGAUACCACCGUGAUGACACUUGACCCAAAACGACAUCGCUAUAUCAUCCUCGGCAGUGAUGGUCUAUGGAACAUGAUGCCUCCCAAGAACGCGGUCAAUAUGUGUUAUAACCAUGACAAAAUGGUGGGGCCGAGGGGAAUGUCUUGUGCCUGCCGGUUGGGAUGCACUGCACUGCUUUUUUGGAAAGAGCGCAUGCUACGAGCAGACAACACAACGGUCAUUGUCCUGGCGCUACAGGAGCGCGGGGGUACAACUAUCCCGAUGCAUCGAGAUGAGAUUAUGGUGGACAUGGCUCAGGGAAUUGACCACAUUCCCUUCCUGGGAACUCAGUUCAGCAUGUAUGAAGUUCCAAAGGUGGAGCAUGAGGAUGCCAUGUUUAAUGAAGAAGAUGAGAUAUAUGGAGAAGAACCUGAAGGAUGGACAUGCCUGGAGUGGUAGUCAGCAGCCUGGACCUGAAAAUGCCUCCUCUCUGCUUAAAGAACGCUCUACCACCCUGGAGCAGGCAUUCAGCCUGUAUGACAUGGCUUCCUGUGCCAGCAUGCCGUCUUGACUCUACAAGGGCCACUGGAUGUGUUCCAAUAGAAGGACGCAGCAAUCCAAGUGGACCCACGACACUAUUAAAAAGGUCUCCACGCGAUGCCAUGGGGGAUGGUUCCCCAACAAAAGUUUGCCUCUUAAUAUGUCUCAUGGCAAAAGUGAAAAAUGUUGCUUGAGACGUCUCCUCAGAAGACAACAGUGCUGUAUUACCGCAGAAACACAAGGCUUUCUUGUGCAUGUGCCGAGUACGUACACACAGACCUCUUCCUAGAUGUAUGGACUUUAUUUCUAUAAAAUUGCUCUUUUUUUGUAAAUAAUGUGGCAAACUUUGAGAUUUUAAAUGUGGUUUGUUUUUACAUUGGCCUCAUUUUACUAGACUCCCUUACCCCACCCCUAAAUACUAGUGUUUUUCAGAAGCUGUAGAUUUAUUCAACGUACGCAGUCUAUUUUCUUACUUAUACAUGAAUAUAAUGACAAUAGUAUAGCUAAAAGAUAUUUUGACAGGCAAACGUGUUUUUCUUUUUCUUUUUCUCUUUCAAUUUACUUCAAUAAUUACAAAUCUAUUUAAAAGAUUUUUACAAUCUCUAAAAUGAUGGUUGUUCAUUAUAGAAAAGUGAAACAAAUUCUUUAGAAUCUAUUGAUAAAAUCUUACACAUUUGAAUCAUAUUUACGUUCUGCUGCAUUGCAUCCCAACACAUGACCAUCCAGUGGCGCAAAACACUUUAUUGUGUGUGAUUAGGCUACACCAGGAUGGCCCAAGAUUGACACCAUACCGGCCCCUGAGUUCAGUUCAAAACAUAGGAGAUAAAGAGUGUUCCUCCAUGUUGCAUUUUAGGUCCUCUUUUUCAUAAAUUGGGCUAUUUGGCCAACGUCUUCAGUUUAAAAAAAAACUCACAUUUUUUUGCAGCAGAUUCUUAAAAACACCAGAGUGCUGUCUUAGACAUUUAAGGGGGAAAAGGAAGGAUUACAAACCUAAACUCAACAGUCUUGAGACCAACAGUCUCUGUCUCUGCAAACCUGCCAUAUAUUGAUUAUCAUGUAACCUAAUUGAAUAUUUGUUCAAAACACAUCUGGUUGAAUUAUUGAACAAACCCAACAAAGGAACAUAUAGUGCAUCUGGAAAGUAUUCACAGCUCCUCACGUUCCCCACAUUGUUUUAUGUUACAGUAACGCCUUAAUUAAAAAUGGAAUACAUUAAUUUUUGUCCUCAAAAUUCUACAGACAGCACCCCUUAAUUACAAUGUUAAAAGGUUUAUUAAAAAAAAAAAAAUCACAUGUACAUAAUUACUCACAGCCUUUGCUCAAUACUUUGUUGGUGCAAAUUUGGCAGCAAUUACAGCAUCAAGUCUUUUUGAUUACGAUGCCACAGUUUGGCCCAUUCCUCUUUGCAGCUCCUCACUAGCUCCAGCAGAUUGGAUGGGAAAUGUUGGUUUUUAUCCAGGAUGUCUCCGUACAUCGCUGCAUUCAUCUUAGUCUAGUCAGCAAUCCACCAACCAGAUAGUUCGAUCCAUUAAUAUUGCUAAAUAUUUCAACGGCUGCCUCCUUCCUGUACGUUUGUGUAAGAUUUGCGUAACAAUUGUCAUCGUAAUCCAUUUUACAAGCUUUGGUACUCAGUUGGUAUGAGUGUCCAAUUCUUGCAUUCAUUUAUAACUUGUCGAUGUGGCAGCUGCAUUAUUGUUGCUUUUUUUGUUACAUGAAUUGUUGCCUUAGCACAAAAACAAAUUGGUGCUUUUUCAUAAGAAGGACUCAAAUAUUUAAGAAUUUCCCAUUAUACUAUUUAUCAUGCACCUUCAGCUAUUUACAAGGAACUCUUGCAGAGUUUGAAGCCUGCCCCAUGUGGUCUUUUUAUUACAGUUUGUACAGUACAUCAUUAUGCAAUAGACUUGUAUAGUACAUUUUAUUAUUAUGCAAAGUAAUCUGGUUUCCAGAAGUCUGGCAUGUUCAGAUCUACUAUAUGUUGUGAAGUGUCCAGAGCUAAUGGAUGUUAAUGGGCAUGUGGUGUGUCUUGACAAUUGCAACACUUUGGUUUUCCUCUCAGCCACUUCUCAGGACUAACUGUAUAAGAUACAUACUUCGAAAGUGACUGUAUAUACACUGACUGUCUGUGUUGUAAUAAAGUUUCUG